AUGGCCCAAGACCCUGACACUAUUUUCAAAGUUUUACGCCCAGUGCCAGAGUUUGACGGUAAUCCUAAUGUACUAACUAGGUUUAUAAAAUUAUGUGACCAAAUAUGUGCUGCAUAUCUAAGUAAUGAACCUGGCAGUGAACUAUCGAACUUAUGUUUGCUUAACGGUAUAUUAAAUAAAAUAACUGGACCCGCCGCGACUACUUUAAAUUCAAAUGGUAUUCCUGAAAGCUGGCAUGGCAUUCGUACAGCUUUAAUCAAUAACUUUUCGGACCAAAGAGACGAAACGGCGCUCUAUAAUGACCUCUCAUUAGCUACUCAGGGGAACAGCUCUCCCCAAGAAUUUUAUGCACGAUGUCAGACACUGUUCAGCACUAUCAUGACGUAUGUUACGCUUCAUGAAACCUUGCCUACUACAAUAGAAGCCAAACGUGUAUUAUAUAAGAAUCUAACGAAGCAAGCUUUCGUGCGCGGUUUAAAGGAGCCACUGGGCUCACGAAUACGUUGCAUGCGUCCUGAUACCGUUGAAAAAGCCUUGGAGUUUGUACAGGAAGAACUGAAUGUUAUGUACUUGCAAUAA